GUAAUACCACCCAUAAGUGGAGGCUAAUAGAUUGCAAUGGACUACAUACAGCUAGUGAAAGACAAAAUCGACAUCCAACAAAUUCAUGAUUUGAUAAUCGACGAUGGUUGCGGAGCCUGCUCUGUUUUUGUGGGCACAACACGUGACACCUUUGAAGGGAAAAAAGUAAUAUCUUUGGAAUAUGAAGCAUACGAAAACAUGGCUCUUAAGGAAAUGAAUAAAAUCUGCUCUGAGCUGCGAGCUCGUUGGCCGAAUCUUAAACACAUUGCGAUAUAUCACAGACUCGGUACAGUUCCGGUUCGCGAAGGAAGCGUUGUAAUUGCCACUUCGUCCCCCCACCGCGCUGCUGCCUUGGAAUCUGUUAGUUUUGCAAUAGAUCAGUUAAAAUCACGUGUGCCUAUAUGGAAAAAGGAAAUCUACGAAGAGGAUCUAAUCGGCGAGUGGAAGGAAAAUAAGGAGUGCCAGUGGCCUCAAUGUUCCGACUCAAUCUUAAGGGCUUUCGAUUUCUCUUCUUGUCCAAUCGAUCAGACUAUAUCGUCAGAUAAUAUUCCUGAUAAAUUGGUCCAAAUUCGAGUUAACGACAGCGACUUAAACAGACGGGUUGAUUGUUUUUUAAAAAGGAAACGGGAUGAAAUCAAUUUAUGUAAUAUAAAUGAUUUCAAAAAACAGCCCCCCAAUGAUGCUACUAAUCCCGACGGCAACACCUCCCCGGAUCCCACUGAUCAAAUUUCUUGUGCCCGAACUCAGAGUUUCCUUGUCAAGCAACAGCAAUCAAAAGGUCAUUUAAAGGUAAGGCGAGCCAAUAACAAUUGUGGGCCACAGACGAGACCAAAUUAUUCGCUGCAACUCAAUAAACUAAUGACAUCGCCUCGAAAUUGUAAUGAAGCUUCUGAAAACAAUUCAUUACAAUGUUCGCGUUUAAGGAACAUUGAAGAUUACAUGGGUAUUAAACCCGAUAAUAACGAUAUGUUCAAACGCAUAAAGGAUCUUGAAAAUAGAAUUCUAUUGUUGGAAUCCAGUUCUCCAGAGUACAAACAUUUUGUCCAGUUACCAACGGAUGAGACGGAACUUGGUCUUCACAAGCACAAGAAAAAAGUUUAUAUGUCGGAUAAGCUAAAUAAUUUUAUUGUAAAGAUUAAAAGUGAAAUUGAAUAAUAAAAUUUCAUAAACGUCUUUAAAGUGACUUUCCGAUGGACAUUAAUUUUU